AUGUCUCAACAUCCAUCGUCAUCUGGUUCCAAACCCUCCCAACAUGCAAAGACUUCAUCCAUGAAGUUUGUAGAUGAAGACAUAAUGGACGUCACUCCUUUGUGCAUGAUACCGGUUGACACCACAGGUACCUCCUCCAAUGCUGGAGAUAAGCAAGGUAAUACCUCUGGUAACUCCUCUCUUCCUAAAGACAUGUAUUACACUGAUCGCGCUAUAAGGAGACUGGUUACUAGAAUACUUAGUGAAGGACAUAAAGUUGAAGGGGUCUCUACCCCUCUGUCCAGAAGGGAACCCUCUCCUGAGAGAGAACCCCAUGCUGAUAAAGAUGAUGAUUCAUCUAGAUCAGAAAAAGAGGUGGCUGCUGAAGGGCUUUGCUCUCUAGGUAAAACCCUACCUAGCAAGAAACAAAAUGUGUCUCAAGAAAAUAUUAUUGACCUGGAGGAAGAAAGCACUGAAGGAGAAGAUGAUCCUUUGGUUCAUCUGGUUAAACCUAGCAUAGCUGAGAAACUGAGAACUAAGAAAGGAAAAAGCAUGGCUAAAACGAGAGCUGCUAGAGUGAAAAAGACUGCAGGAGUAGGACCCUCAAAACCAUGGAGCAAGGUUGAGGUUGGAAAAAGAAAAGAAAGACGCAUCUCUGAUUCUGAGGAGGAUGUUAAAGACGAUGUCCCAGACAUCUCCCCUGCAAAAAGGCAGGCUAGAAGAGUAGCCAUUGAAAGAGAACUUGGACAAGAAGCUGUAGAGGUAAAGGAGGUUAUUGAUCUGAUCAAAAAUGCUGGACUCAUAAAGACUGUGGUAACUCUACCACAAUGCUAUGAGGGGCUGGUUAAAGAGUUUAUUGUUAAUAUCCCUAAGGAUAUUCAUGAUAAGAACAGCAGGGAGUCUUGCAAGUCCAGCCACAUGCUAUUUGACAAGAAAUAUUUUCCAGAUCUUGCUCUCCACAAUAUUCCACAUGUUAAUAAAUCUGAUUUGGAUGUUGGUGGAACUAUGAUUGAUGUCUCACUUAUGUAUCGGCGUAUGAGAAAUCAUCAUCUCAUUCACAUGGUUGUUGGUGAAGAAUCCGAGGAAUCCAAUGUGGAAAAUCAAGAUGUUGAUAAAGAUGUGCAAGACAUCGUGUCUGACAUGUUGUCAGAAUCUUAA